GGCCAUGGACGAGUUUCACCCCCACAACGAUGAGAUGAUCUUCAACGCUGAUGAGGCUCACAACAUAGUUAAGGAGUGCAUAGAAAGUGUUUUAGGCAAGGCAGAUUAUAAUCACAACAAAGUCAACCAGUGGACUGCUGCUAUAGUGGAACAGUCACUGACACACCUGGUAAAACUUGGAAAAACGUACAAGUACAUUGUAACCUGUGCAGUGAUGCAGAGAAGUGGAGCCGGUCUUCACACAGCAAGCUCAUGCUUCUGGGAUACCACAACUGAUGGAACCUGCACAGUGAGAUGGGAAAACCGAACAAUGAACUGCAUUGUCAAUGUGUUUGCUGUUGCUAUUAUUCUGUAGCUUACUGAAAGAUAAGUAGGAGCAACACCGAAGCCUUUAAAAAAAAUAAUCAUCCAAACACAUGGCUAAAUAUUUCAAACCAUUAUUUGUUUUCAUAUGAGGAGCAUACAGAAGUUACAUACAGAGAGCAUACAGUCUAAGUCAGUUCUCGUAGAUUAAUUAUCUGAAAGCUAGAAAAAAAAUGUAUCUAUCUAAAGAGAAAGUUUUAAGUAAUUUAAGUAUUCAGAAUUAUGUUAAUGAGAAGAUACCACAAAGAUCAAUACAAAGAUGUUGUUUUUGAGAGGAAGGAGACACAUCAAAUCAAAAGAAAAGGCAAAGGGCAAGCAAGACCUCUCAGGAGUAGAGUGCAUUUGGGAAUAAAUCUGAAUGCAAUUCAGAGUGGAUAUACUUUAAAUAAUACUGGUGCUUCAUGGUUGAUUAAACAAAGCUAACUGUCACACUGAAUGCUGGUGCUUUUGAAAUUGCAUGAGCAUCGCAUUUUAGUCAAGCGUGAACAUUUACAGGGAAAUUAAAUCCAGUUAAGCUUUCCUCUGGAGGCAGAGAAUGACUUCACUGGGACAAAGGUGAAACACACCUAGUCCUAGCAGAAUUCUAAUUUAUCUUCAGAAUUAAGAACAUGUUUGUGACCCAGGGAAAUAUACUGGACAUCAAACAUUAUGAUUUAUAAAUAUGAAAACAUUCUGAAGAUAGUUAAAUUUGCUUUUGCUCUGUAAGUGCAGAAUUUGUGAUGAGCACUUUACUAAUUUCUCAUGCAGCAGCCAGGAGGUAGGGCAGCAACACUGGGCCCACAUUACUCCCAAGUAGGAUUAAAGUGGAGAGAGGGCACACACAUUUCUAGAGGCUCUUGCUAGCUUUGAAAGCAUUUGUCUUAAAGCAACAUAUCCAUUCGUUAUGGGAGUGUCUCCUAUGUUCUGUAAGUUUAUAAUUGGAUCUUAGUCCUAUGAAAUAAUACAGUUCAGGUUUAAGCACUAAGAAUUCCCCUCCUGUAAAGAUUUAACUUAGCUUUGCUCAUCUUAUGAGUCAUAACUUGAAAUACUCCAUGGGGAGGAAAAGCAUUUGCACACAUGCAAGUAUUUGCUGAAUUGGGGCCUAUGUUUUUUGUUGACUAAUGCACAAAUUCUAUGAUAAAGAGAUGUAUCAACACCAAAAAUGCCUAAGUGAUGGCUGCCACUAAGUGGCAGCUAAAUUAAGUUGUUUUCUCAGAUGCUGCUUGAGAAUAGAUUUUAUUUUAUUCUUUAUUACUGCAUAUCUUUGGAAGAGACUGGUAACUACCUAACAGCUACUGUAAGGCUGUUUUGUAUUUUAACAAAUGAGUCUUAAAAGCACUAUUACGCAGUUUUGUUUUGAUUUGUUUUGUUUUUCAGAUAACUGACUUUUGGGACAUGUAGCAAGUGUCUUGUACAAAGAACAAGCUAAAAAAACAUUUCAUUGCUUAAACUGUGUAUACAUAUAGCUAGUGUCAGACUGCAGAAGGAACGUGUGUACAUGUAAUUCACAAUACCAUUCAAAAUCUCUUGCUUUGCAAAUAAAGUUCUGCUUUUACCUAAGUGCAAAUAAAAUUAAUACUGUAAUACUACAGUUGCCUGACAGGCAAGUGUAGCGUAUAUAUGUUGUAGUGACCUUCAAAUGUAUAAUAAUUUAUUGUUACUUGGAUUAAGACAGCAGUUUCUAAAGUAGGUGCCAGCAUCCAAAAGCUGAGUUGUGGAACUGACAAGAAUGCAGUAGUUUUACUGUUAUUUGGGAUUGUGUAAAGUGAAAAAAUAAGUAGGGUAACAACUGGAAAAAAAGUUGGUAUGAUUGAUACAGUUUAAGACGUGAGUAAAAAUAGCAGUGGCUGUUAUCCCUUUUUAAUGGGCAAUUGGGUGCCAUGGUCAGAAGAAAUAUUCCAAAUAGCCACUUGUAAUCUGUGGUAUUUUUACUUUACUUGAAAACAAGGUGCACUGAAUAAGACUAUCAGUUUAAUGAGGGUUGUUGGAAGUUCUGCUGCGGAAGAAACAUAGAAACUUUGCUUAAUUAUAAGACUGCUUCAUUUUACUUUCUACCAAAAAUUAAAUAAAUA